AUGGCUACAACUAGCGUUAUCAAAUUAAUCAAACAUCUUACCUCACUCGAGGUGCCACUCGCCCGGCCCUCAUCUCCGCCCACACACUCCCCACUCCCCUCCUCAACUGGCCCAACCCACGCGGGCCCUCCGGAUCCGGCCCCGAGCCAAGUCCCCACCCCGACCAAAUACCUCACCCCGGCCUAUACAGAAGGGGGGUUAACAAGUCCCCAGGACGACCAACAUCUUGACCUCGAGGCGGGCCGAGGUGGAGAGGCCGGAGGAAGCGCGCCUGGUGGGCGGCGCGGGAGGAGAGAUGUGCCCGGUGGGGGAGAGGGGGCCGUGGUCUCGGCCAGGUCAAGAUUAUACCUCGAGUGUGGUCUUAAACUUAUUUUUAUCGUCCUUUGUUUUCUUGCUAUUAUUAUUUGGGUUUUGAUUCAUCAUGGUUAA